GUGGAGAAUUUGGCAAACAGCUUCACAGCCUGAUGUGAUAGAUUGAAAAAUGGAAGAAAGUACUCGAGGUUCAACCAUUCAAAAUUGGAAUCCUGAUGCUACGCCUACCGAAAGAGGAAAUUCGCCAGUGCAGUCUUGGAUACGAUUUGAAGAGGAUGACAAAACAAAAGACGCCAUAGCCACUAUUGUUCCAACACAAACCAUACAAGUAGAUAACAUUCUAAACUCCUCUCAUUCUCUUACCGAAGUCUUGAGUGCGAGUGACGUCGAAUUGCCUAAUGAAUCAAAAGCAACUUUGGAAAUUUCUUCUUCCCCAAGUUCUGGUUUUACUCCAGGUCGUACUUCUCCCAACAGUGUUUUGCCCCCUCCUCCAAGACCAAAUCGAAAAUCUCCAACUACAGAAGCGCCUUUGAGUCGAAGCUCAUGCCCUCCUGAUGUGGGCAGGGAUAAUGGCCACAGCAUGCAAGUCAUACCCUUAUCGGAGACAGCUUUGCAGCAGAGGCCAGUCAGCAACCAUGGCAUUAGCCAAGGAUUUAGUAAUGGAGAUGUAAUAGUAACAUUGCUUCCUGUGAACAAUAAGUGUCCUUGGGUCACAAAAGCACAAUUUAAACCAGAACUUGUUCCUGAAGAACUGAUGGCUCAGGGCUUAACACUGACUGUCGAGGAUUAUGUCCUGUCAAUGCAGGUGCUUGUGAAUGAUGUGAGAUUCAAUUUAUACAACGUCUGUUACAAGCGAGUUCUCAUUUUAUGGAUCAUGCUUGGUUUCAUCAUCUUACUGUCCUUGCUCUUUUCUGGCGUCAGGGGUCUUGCAUUGUUUGGAGGAGGAAUAGUGUGGCUCAUCAUCAAUGCUGUUGGGAUAUUUGUUUGCAUGUGGGUCAAAAUAAAGCUGUAUCGGAUGUUGGAACAAUGCAUGGCUAGUGUGAACGCGAUGCUAUAUAAGCAUCGAAUAUUAAUUGGUUUAGAUGACAGAGGAAAAAUAUCCUGCCACAAAGUGAAUCUCAUAUUUAUAUAUUUUGAUGUCAGCUAUUGCAUUAAAUAUUUAAGAGACAUGUUGGAAAAUGAAGAAAGAAUGUCAGUACAAGAGACUGCAACUGCUGAUCCAUCUCGGCAACCCACUAUUGAUCAGUCAAGAAUGGAUAUUGAUACUUCUGAUAUAAUCAUUACUGGCAGUAACAGUACUAGAUUGUCUCAAAAAGAGAAAUAUGCUGAAAAGUUGUUCUUACGAUAUAGUCAGCGAUGGGUGAAAGAGUUUGUAAGGAAAAGGUUAGAUCUGCGAUUACCAUUGCACCCAGAUGGUACAGUUGAAACUGGACCUCCAUCUCCUCCCAGACACUGUGGCAGUGCCAGAUGUCCCUGCCAGUUUAUUGAAGAGCACUUGCGGUUCAAACCCACCACCAAGUGCAAUAUAAGAGAGCUAUUCUCAUAA